UUGUUUAGGACUCUAUUUGAUUAAAACUAUGUAUUUUAUUCAGGUGGUUGAUGUAAUGUCCCGAUAGGAAACCCUAGAUCGUCUUCUCAAUGCUGCAUCACAGCAUGAAUGCCGAGGGUUUUUUGAUUAAAUUUUAACAGAGCUAUUGUUUUACAUUAUGAGCCAGAACCAUUCUUUUAUCAUGACAGUUAACAUGUCAUGUACAACUGUAGCCGGUAAUGAUCAGAGGGACGAUGCAAAUCUUUAAAUACUGGAUAAAACAUACCACGAGAAGCAUGAACAAAAUCAUCAGCAAUCGCUCUUACAUCAGCAGAGGCUUGGUAACCGACCAAGGCCCGCCUGAUUCAAAUGCAAGCAAAAACGAGGACUUUAUUAACUAUAUAUGCCAAACAAUAAAAGAGAGCAACAACUGGGAAACUCAACUCGAUUACAAGAGACCUGGCUUUGAUUUUGAUCCAUUUUAUGUUGUGCAGGUCAUGGUACGUCUCAAGAAUCCUCCAAAAGCUUUGGGUUUGUUUAUUUGGGUAGGAAAACAGAAAGAUUUUUGUCACACAGCCCAAACAUAUUCCGCAAUCAUUCAUAUCCUGACAAGGGGUAAGAUGUUCAGCAAAGCUGAAGCCUUGAUGCAGGAGUUCAUUGCAUUUGCUGAAAAACAUGAAAUGGAUCCUCAUACCCAAGUGUUUAAUGCUCUUAACAGCGCCGUAAAUAGCCUAGGCCAUGAUUCUUCUUGUCAAGUCUUUGAUGUGUUGGUCACUGCUUAUGCUCAAAUGGGUAACGUCCAGGAGGCCUUAGACACAAUUUAUAGGAUGCAGCGGAGUAAAAGAUUCAGGCCGAUGUCUAUGCCAAUGGUUCGUGCCUGCAACACCCUUCUGAGCACAUUGGUGAAAAUGGAGAGAAUAGAUACUGUUUGGGUUGUUUAUGGAGACAUGACUUCCAGUGGUCUUCUUCACCCCAAUGUUUAUAUUUACAACACUCUAAUUAAUGCCUGCUGCAAGGAAGGUAAGCUGCAGAAAGCCUUUGAACUGUUUGACGAAAUGAAGAAUAAUAAAAUUGCUCCCACAGUUGUCACUUACACGAUUCUGAUAUGUGUGCUAUGUAAGGGAGACAAGUUGCACGAGGCAAACAAUCUGUUUAGCACAAUGCAGGACCUUGGGUUGGUUCCCAACUUGUAUACAUAUAAUGCUAUGAUCGAUGGGUAUUGUAAAAAGGGGCUUAUGCAGGAGGCGUUUAGGUUGUAUGGGGAUAUGAUGCAUAAAGGAAUUAAGCCCAAUGUUGUUACUUACUGCACGCUAAUUGAUGGGCACUGCAAGGAAGGAAAUGUGGACGAAGGAAACAAACUGUUUGUUGAAAUGAAUCAAAGAGGCGUAAAACCUAACACUGUUACUUACAAUAGCCUGAUUGACGGGAACUGCAAAGAGGGAAAUAUGGAGGCAGCAUCUAUACUACAUUUCCAGAUGUGUGAGAUGGGCUUUGUCCCCGAUGUUUUUACUUACACUGCACUCAUAAAAGGUUUUUGCAUGGGAUACAGGAUUAAAGACGCAGUAAAUUUGCUUCUUGAGAUGCCUGAUAAGGGUGUGUUUCCAAAUUGUAACACAUACAAUACAUUGAUUGAUGGGUUCUGCAGCAUGGGAGAACUCGACAAAGCUUUGGCACUUUGUGCGCUAAUGGUAGAGAAUGGAGUGGUGCCCAAUGUUGUCACCUUUUCAACAUUGAUUGAUGGGUACUGCAAGAAAGGGAAGAUGGAAAAUGCUUUGGGGUUGUACACUGAAAUGGUGGUUAAAGGCAUUACACCUGAUGUUGUUGCUUACACGGCAUUGAUUAAUGGGUACUGUAAGAAAGGUAAUAUGCAAGAGGCUUUCAAUUUUUAUGAUGAAAUGGUGAGGAGGGACCUUAUGCCUAAUGUUUUUACCAUAAGUGCUUUAAUCGAUGGUCUUUGCAAGGAAGGCAAAGUGAAUGAAGCAAUGGAACUUUUUAAGGAAAAGAUGAGAAGUGAUUCACAUGUUGUAAAUACAACUAAGGUUGAUGCAAUUAAUGAACAGGAAAAGCAUUCUAUUUGUAAGCCAAAUAUUUUUGUUUACACAAGUCUAAUAUAUGGACAAUGCAAAGAUGGAAAUAUGCAAAAUGCUUUGGAACUUUAUGUUGAAAUGACAGAUUAUGGUCUGAAGCCUGAUGUUUUUACUUACACUAUCCUCAUAUGGGGAUACUGCAUUAAACAUGACACUUGGAAUGCUCUAAAGAUGUAUGGAAAAAUGUUGAGAGUAGGAGUUACACCCAAUACUGUGACGUAUUGUGUUCUAGCCAAUGUUGCGAAGAAUGGAGAGAUGGAACUAGCUGAAAGUUUCUCAAUGGAAAGCUUUGAGCAUAAGUUUUGUAGCUAAAACAUGUUAAAUCAUUGUGGGGAUUCGUAUACGGUCAAAACAAAAGCAUUGAUUUAGCAGUCCAUGCUUCUUUUAACACUCUGGAACCUUGCACCAUGUCUUACCGGUGUUAAAAUUUUCUCUACAAAAUUCUAACGGAGGAGAUAUUGCAUUGAUCGCAGAGCACCACAUAAAAACCUACAGUUGCAUGCACAUAUCAGACUCUAAUAUGAGGAUAUCUUGGGGUUGUGGGGACUUCCCGAUAGCAUCCCUUAUUUAUGAACCUCGUCUCAGUGUCCCAGAGAGUAUCAAGUUUUUUUGGCCUUCUCAGAUGUUUUAUCUCUUAGGGGGCUGUUUGGGGACCCCCAUAUUUCAGAGAUAUCAAGGGACAUCUCAAAUCUGUUGGGUAAAGGUUAUUGUCUCUUUCUGUACGGCAUGUCCUGCUUCCUGUGAUUAAGGUUGGAGGAAUAUCUUUGGAGGCUGUGAUUUGCUUGAGGAGAAUACAUACUGAAGUACAAGUGGAUAAGCUAAGCUGUGAUGUCAACUUAUUUUUGACUCCAGCAAUCAGUAAGACUGUUGGUAAGUUAAUGAUAUAAGAUUUUCACAAUCCAUAAUUAAUUUAGUGCUGCUUCUAGAUUAGACUGUGCAAGUUUUUUGAUCAACUUUUCGGAUCACACUUCAUGAUCCAUCAUCAGGAUGAAAGAGAGCUAAGAGAGCUAAGAGAGCUAAGAGCUAGUUGGUAAGUUGUUCUUAUUGUGUGGGAUUUGUCCGUAGUAGACAUUUUUUUUGAAAAAAGCACUGGGUAAACUUUUUAAUGUGACCGGUGACACUAGCACGACACGCCUUCCGGGAUCAUGUGAAAUGUUUUUGACCCAGAGCUAUGAACCGGUGAGGUCACAAACGGGGACCUCAUCCCCAUUUAACAAAGUUGAGGCUCAAACCCAUGAGCAUAUUGGAUCAGCGAAGGCACAAUUCUGCGAUCACAAUGGUCCAGCAGGGGUUUGAACCUUGGUGGUCACAACAACAACACCACCACUUAACCAGCACACUAUGGGAGGAACCCCUUAUCCCUAGUAGACAUUGUCUUUCAUAGCAAAACCCCAUUUUUAGAUAUCAAUGCCCUGUAUAAACAGCUUGUUGAUUGGUGAAGCCAAAUCAUCUGUCACGUUAAUCCCAUAUGUUGAAUAUUGCGAAGUCCCAUACAUAUUUUGAUUCCCUUUUCAAUGGUCAGCUAGAUCGAAACCAUUGAAAUUUGUGCUCAACUGGUGGCUUCUUGCUAUUCUGUAGUUAAUUUACUAAUGGGAGUUUUGGUCUUUGGAAUUAGAAUUAUUUCAAUAAAGCCAGAAUCUAUUCAUCUUAACUAAGAAUCUCAUUGGAUUGCUGUUCUAAUGCUGCAUUCGCAAUUGUAUUUACUAUUCAUAAUGGCUAGUAGAAAUGUAUUUGUUAGUUGGUUUUACUUGGUUGCAGGUGCUUGAGUAUGGCUUUAAAUUAUAUGGUGGCUGUGAUUUCUAAGUUCUUUUCUAUUAUACUUAUGAAUGCUUGUGAGGUAGUGUUUCAUGAACCAUGCUGAUACAUUGGCUGUUAGCAUUCAUGAUGCAUAGGCCUUUAAAUCACCAUUAGGUCAAGGAAGAGUCAUGAAAUGCUAGGGAUUGACUCCCAAAUUCAGAGGGUAAAAUGUGGUAAGUAGAUUUCAGUAAUAAUGCCUUUUUAGAAUAAAACAAAAAUGCAUGGAAAGAUAUUGAGAUUUGGUACUUUGCACACAGACAGCUGUGCACAGGCAUGUGGUGAAUGUUGUUUCUAGCUUUUUGGAUGUGCACUCCAAGGAAAGAAAAAUAGGAAAACUUAAAAGGCUUCAGUGAUGUAUACUGAAAUGACCUAAAGGACUUAUAUCUAAUGUUGUAGCCUUGUAUUGCAUUGAUCGACAAGUACUGUAAGGAUGGUUGCAUCCAAGAGGCUUUGCGUUACAUAAUGAAAUGGUGGAACACAGUCUUAUACCUAAUUAAUAGCUUUACCCUGAGUGCUUUAAUAUACAGAUUUUGCAAGGAAGGUAGAAUGUGACGAAUCAAUGGAGCUU